CAAUAGAGAUAGAGAGUGAAGGAACGAGAGAAAGCAUAGAGUGAGAGAGAAAGCAGAGAGAAAAAGAGAGUGAACAAGGAUGUGGAAGAAUACGAAGGCCUGACAUUAACAUAUCACCAUAAAAAAAAGUGUGAUAGUGAGCGAAAGCAAGAAGAUCCACGCAGAAGAAAAAAUAGAGAGCAAAAUGACGAGUACCAUAGUGAGAGAACAGAACCUCGACAAGCACAUUCACAAGCAAAUGGGGUGCAUGGCUGGCUUCCUUAACAUCUUCGACCGCCACCAGAUUCUCGCCGGAAAACGCAUCUCCUCCGCCAAACGCCUCCCUCCUCCGCAACCGGAUUCCUCACCAGAGCCGGAGAACCACGUGGCUUCACCGGCGCGUCCAGCAACGCCAUCACCAGAGCGCGUGAAACAGAGUCCAGCGAGAGAGCACACAGUUACGACGGUUACUACUCUGCCGGUUCUAGAAUUCAAGGAAGGGACGAGGUCCACGUGGAAGUUCUCAAGGGAGGCUCCGAGGCUCUCAUUAGAUAGCAGGACCCGAACCAGCUCCCCGAGCCUGAGCCUCUCCCCGAACCUCAAUCCAGACGACCGAGGCGAGAAACUGUCUUCAGAGAUACAGUUACAGCGCCGUUCCACCAGCGUCGUCGCGAGGCUCAUGGGCCUGGAGUCCUUACCGGGCCCAGACUCUGAUUCAGGGCCCAAUAAGAAACCUGAGCUCCGAAGAUCCGCUUCCGAGUCCAGAGCCUCCAGAGAUCUCAACCGAUUCUUCGACGCCGCUAACAGCAACGGUUUUCAGCUGAACCUCAAGCAGGUGCAGCAACGGCAACAGUACACUCAGCCGCAGGGGAUUGUUUCCGAGGGUCUGAACAACAAUGCAGGUUCAGAUCCGGUGGAGCAGGGUGCACGGAACAACAACAACGCGAAGGGAGAGAAGAACUAUAACAACAAUGCAAGGAACAGGGGAGUGGUUACGAUGGUGCAGAAGAAGAGCUUCUUUGACUCCGCGGAUUUCUUUCCUGAGGUACCGAAACGCAGCGUUUCGAUCUACGGCGAGAUCGAGAGGAGGCUGAGGAUGCGAGGAAUCGACGAGCCUUCGAAGGAUCUAGAAACCCUGAAACAUAUCUUGGAGGCUUUGCAGCUUAAAGGACUCUUGCAUUCGAAGAAUCACGCAAAUCGUAGUAACGGUAACAACAACUAUAAUCACAAUCACAAUCACAAUCACAUGAACUUCGUUCUAGAUGGCGGAAGAACGAAGAACGAUUCUCCUAUUGUUGUGAUUAAACCGGUUCGAUCCAACCGAACCGGAAGAACUGGUAGCCAGUCUCCUCCGAAUUCAAGCGUCCGGUCUAGUCCGAGGGCUCGUCGGAACGAACGUCAGCCGGAGGUUGACCGGAGAAGUAGAAACGCGAGAUCGCCGCCGGUUUGCAGGAGUCCGAACCGGAGGAAUGUAGCGCCGAACGCAGCGGAGAAUCAUCACCACAGUAGAGUGUAUUAUAACGACGGGUUUGAUUCGAGAAAGGUGUCUCCGGUUCAGUCGCCGAGAGUAAACUCGAGAAGAACCACACCGGUUCAUUCUCCGAGAAUGAGAAAACCGAUUAAUCAGAAGGACGAGAAGGUGUUGACUGUGGCAGAGGAUGAAUCUUCCACAGUUUCAGAGAGUAGCUUCAGCACUUCCUCGCAUACAGACACAGAGAGGUACAGAUUGGAAGAGUACAAAGAAGGGAGGAAUUUACUGGACAGGUGUGACAAGUUGCUGAACAGCAUAGCGGAAAUGACGGCCUCGAACGAGUUGCAACCCAGUCCCGUAUCGGUUCUUGACUCGUCCUUCUACAGGGACGAGUGGUGUUUACCUUCCCCAAUCACAAAACGCUGCAUUGAUUACAAAGAUCAGGCGGCGGAGUCGGAAGAUGAUAUGUGGAGUGCGGCAUUUUGCAGCAGCGAAGCCAAGUCGGAGGAUGCAACAGAGGACAACGACUUCUCUUACGUGUCAGAAAUCCUGAAGGCAUGCACUUACCUACCCGAGAACGGCGACGUUUUCGCUUUAUUAGAGAAGCAGCAGAUUCUAAAGGGAAAAGACACCUCAAAGGCCUCAACAAUUCAGAGGCGGUUAGUGUUCGACACGGUCCGUGAUAUCUUGUCCCGGCAUCGUCGGCUUCCGCCAUGGAAGGUGGCGUUCGGUGGCGAUGAGAGGCAGAGGGUAUGGUCGGAGUUUAGGAGAAUACGAGGAGAUAGGGAGGAGGAGGAGGAGUGGUCGGAGAAGGACAUGUUUGAGGUUAUAUGCGGGGUUUUGAGGAAGGACAUGGCGGAGGAUGUUGAAGGUUGGGGGGAAUGGACGGUGGAGAUUGGAGAUAUGGUGCUGGACAUCGAACGGCUCGUGUUCAAGGACCUGAUUGGCGAGACCAUACGAGAGUUAGCCACGUGUGCUUCCUCCCAACGUAACAGAGUUUUUGCGAGGUCCUACAGAUUAUAA